AUGCUGGGAGACAAGACACACGGUGUGACUCUGAAGGUUAUGGAGUACACGUACGACGACGACCUGGAGGAGCUCUGUCCCGUGUGCGGAGACAAAGUGUCCGGCUACCACUACGGCCUGCUCACCUGCGAGAGCUGCAAGGGUUUCUUCAAGAGGACAGUACAAAACAACAAACGAUACACGUGUGCGGAGAACCAGGAGUGUAAAAUAGACAAGACCCAGCGGAAGAGGUGUCCAUUCUGUCGGUUCCAGAAAUGUCUCAACGUCGGGAUGCGCCUGGAAGCGGUGCGUGCAGACCGAAUGCGUGGGGGGAGGAACAAAUUUGGCCCCAUGUACAAGCGAGACAGGGCCUUGAAGCAGCAGAAGAAAGCCUUGAUACGAUCCAACGGCUUCAAACUGGAGAGCAGCGCCACGGCAACAGCCCCGCCUCCCGCCUCCCCGCUGCAGAACGACUACACCUUCAGCGCGCCCCUCCACACCCUCCCCACCAUCUCUAAGUCGCUGCUGCCCCCCACAGCCACCACCACCCCCAGCUCCCUGCCCCCCACAGACUACGACGCCAACCUGUACGGGCCCUCGCUGGGUAUGGCCAUGCAGUCCCACGUGUCCCUCAGCGCCCAGUACCAGUACACGGCUUUCCCCAGCAGGGUGAUCAAAGCCGAGUGCCCAGACUACACCAGCUCGCCGGAUUCGCUGACGGGAUACCCCUACCCGGAGAUGUACCCCUCCUCGUCCCCGCAGCCCCCCAGCCUGCCCCCGCUGGUGCUGGAGCUGCUGCGCUGUGACCCGGACGAGCUGGUGGUCCAAAACAAGAUCGUGACCCACCUGCAGCAGGAGCAGGGGGGGAGGGGCCGACUGGACAAGCCCAGCACCUUCAGCCUCAUGUGCCGCAUGGCGGACCAGACGCUCUUCUCCAUCGUGGAGUGGGCGCGCAGCUGCGUCUUCUUCAAGGAGCUCAGGGUGGGAGACCAAAUGAAGCUACUCCACAACUGUUGGUCCGAGCUCCUGGUUUUGGAUCACAUUUUCCGACAAGUGCAACACGCAAAGGAAGACAGUAUCCUGCUGGUCACGGGCCAGGAGGUGGAGCUGUCGUCCCUCUUGUCCCAGGCAGAGGCCACCCUGAGCAGCCUGGUGCAGAGGGGGCAGGAGCUGGCCGCGAGACUCAGGGCUCUACAGGUGGACCGCAGGGAGAUCGCCUGUCUCAAGUUCAUGCUGCUCUUCAACCCCAACGUGAAGCUGUUGGAGAACCAGGCAUUCGUGGAGGGCGUUCAGGAGCAGGUGAACGGGGCUCUGCUGGAGUACACGGUGUCUUCGUACCCUCAGUUCCAGGAGAAGUUCAGUCAACUCCUGCUGCGACUGCCGGAGCUGCGGGCCCUCAGCACCCAGGCGGAGGACUACCUGUGUUAUAUGCACCUGAACGGAGAGGUGCCCUGUAACAACCUGCUGAUCGAGAUGCUGCACGCUAAGAGGGCGUGUGUGUGA